AUGGAAUCAGCACCUAACGGUGCUCCAGAAGCUCCCAAACCCCCUCGCGAUCGAAUCUCCGCUAAAUCUACUGCUGAUCCUAUUCUCCGCAAUGCGAUUCGUUAUACCAUUUCCGCGAAAGAAUAUGAAACACUACAUAAGUACAUAAUCUCACGAUCGAAAGUCUUGAAGAGAAAUGCACCUACAGUUACAAAGGUAGAGAAAUUGGUAGAGAGACCAGGCCGCGAUGAUUAUAAUGCUGCGGCUGUGAGGGGUAGCUUGAGGUUAUUCCUUGCUACCAAUGCGGGAUUGAAGAUAUAUAGUUUGAUCACGGAGAAAUUCAUGGGCGCUGGUAAAGCUGGGGGGAAGAAGACCUCAUUAUGGAAGUCACCAAACUUCCGCCUCUCUCUUUCCCUUUCUGCGAUACUUCUUCUUCAUCGGAUUCUUUUCCGAUUCUUCACCCGACUUCGCGCACAUCUCCUUACAUCCGAAGCCGAACCUUUCAGACAGCGAAACCCGAAAACAAGUAAGACGCUUACAUCGAGUUUGGCACCAGCAGUUGGAGCAAGUUUGGCUGGGUUUAUGUUGGGGGUCUAUCCGAGCGACCAGCUGAGAGUUACAAUUGCGAUUUAUGCAUUGAGUAGAGCUGCAGAAAUAUCGUAUAAUUUGGCAGAAGAAGAGGGCUGGAUUUGGGGGAAAGAGGGAAGUAGAUGGGAGAGACCUUGGUGGUGGGGAAGUUGGUUACUUUUCCCAUUGACUUGUGGUCAAUUGCUUCAUGCUUUUGUUUUUGAUAGAGAUUGCUUUCCAAAGCAAUAUGGAGAUUUCAUUCUGAAAAACUCUCCUCAGUAUAUCCAAACUCGACUGGAAGAUUAUCCAGCCAAUUUACCAUGGCCAAAUACUUACGAAAUCGUCGAUAACCUCGCCGAAAUGGCCCGUCUCAAUUACCCACCCUUCGUGUCCCCAAUUCUCUUCCCCAAUAACCCUACUUUACCACAGUCUCUCAGCAGCAUUUCUCCCAUUACCUCUCCCGCCCACCCAUUGAUAACAUCCCUCACUUGCGCUACUCUCCACCCCUCGGACCCUUCUUGUCUCCGCACUUACCUCACCUACUGGAUCCAAGUCUUCCCCCGCCUCGCUCGAGUCUUUACUCUGAUCCUCUCUCUCUUCUCUCUCCCCGCCUAUCGCAAAUUCUACAAUUCCCCCAUCUCUUCUCUAAAUACCCUCGCUAUCCGUAUCCUCAAAUCUACCCUCUAUAUUUCUGGCGCCAUCGGCACUAGCUGGGCUAGUAUCUGCGCUUUCCAAUCGAUUCUGCCCAGACAUGUCCUACCUACUCAGAGAUUCUUCCUAGGAGGUGCAUUGGGCGGUCUUUGGGGAUUUGUAGUUAGAAAAGAUGCAAGAGGAGAAUUCUUAUACAGUGCGCGUGCAUCGAUGGAUUCGUUAUGGAAGGUUGGCAAGAAGAGAGGAUGGUGGAAGGGAAUCAAGGGUGGUGAUGUGUGGAUUUUUGUCAUUAGUUUAAUGGCUAUCGAAAUGGCUUACGAGAGAGAUGGAAGAUCGUUAAGGAGUGGUAUGUUGAGGAAGAUGCUCAGUGGGAUGAGGGGUGAGGGUUGGAGAGAUUAUGUCGCCGAGGAGGAAAAGAGACUAAAAGAGGAGAAGAAGUUGUAG